UAGAAGGCAGGUACUAUAUAAGAGAAACUCCCUCGACAUUUCUCAAAUUCAAAUCAAAACCUCAUAGGGAAAACACUUACAGGUUUGGCAUCUGGUAUUCAGGGAUGGACCCAGAAGCAACCCCGUUUUAUUUGGAUUAUUAUUAUGCUACAAGCUCAAACCCUGACAUCAAGGACACCAGCCCCCAUUUGCCUUACACCUCGGUUUUCCUUCCCAUAUUUUAUACAGCUGUGUUCCUCACUGGAGUAUCAGGGAACUUCAUCCUCAUAGGUGCAUUGUACUUCAAACGUGGCAGCAGAAGACUGCUCGACAUCUUUAUCAUCAACCUGGCUGCAUCGGACUUCAUUUUCCUUGUCACCUUGCCUCUCUGGGUGGAUAAGGAGGCAUCUCUUGGACUGUGGAGAACCGGGUCUUUCCUAUGCAAGGGCAGCUCCUAUAUGAUCUCGGUCAACAUGCACUGCAGUAUCUUCUUGCUCACUUGCAUGAGUGUGGACCGCUACCUGGCCAUCGUGUGCCCAGCCCUAUCCAGGAAACUCAGACGGAGGGACUGUGCCUAUGGCAUUUGUGUAAGUGUCUGGCUGAUCUCUUGCCUCCUGGGGUUGCCUACUCUUCUGUCUCGGGAGCUCACCCUGAUUAAUGAUAAGCCAUACUGUGCUGAGAAGAGGGCCACUUCCAUAAAACUGACAUGGUCUCUGGUAGUCUUGAUUCUCACCUUUUUUGUGCCCUUGGUGAGCAUCCUGACCUGCUACUGCUUUAUCACAAGGAAGCUGUGUGCUCAUUACCAGCAAUCAGGAAAGCAUAACAGAAAGCUGAGGAAAUCCAUAAAGGUUAUCUUUAUUGUAGUGGCAGCCUUUGUCUUCUCCUGGUUGCCCUUUAAUGCUUUCAAACUCCUGGCCAUUGUUUCUGGAUUGCAGCGAGAGUUCCCAUUUUCCUCCACUCUUCUUCAGCUGGGCAUGGAUGUGAGUGGGCCCUUAGCAUUUGCCAACAGCUGUGUCAAUCCUCUCAUUUACUACAUCUUUGACACUUACAUCCGCCGAGCCAUCAUGAGCUACUUGUGUCCUUGCCUGAAGAGCUCUGCCUUUGGGAGCAGCACUGACACACUGGAUAGUCAUCUCACCAAGGCUCUUUCCAACUUCAUUCAUCCAGAGGAUUUUGUCAGACGAAGGAAGAGGUCCGUGUCACUCUAAAAGGAGCUGGGACAUUUCAAGCUUCAUUGGGGCUAUUAGGGAGUUUUUGUCAACCACAAAACAAAAAGGAAAACAGAAAAGUAUAAAGGAGGAGAUUCAAGUUGCUUCAUAAAUCUAAGGAAGAGUUAAUGUUGAAAAGCAGUACUGGAAAGUCCCUCUGUGGUGUGGAUAUAAUUAAACCAUGUGUUAUAUUUUCAGUGGAGAGGUUUUAGUUGAUCCUUGCCAGUCAAGUCAGUCAGGCAAAAUACAAUGCCCACCUUCCUUGAACUCUUCCAGAAAGGCUUGAACCAUUUGUUUUCUUCGUGACUGCCAAUACAAUUCAUUCAGUAUUUUAAAGAACCGUGGUCCUUCAUCCACUUUAUGCUUCAAGCUUGCCUCCAUAUUGGAUUACAUUUCAUCUGAUGAAAAAAAUGUGUUGGCAUUGCAGGCGAGUCUCUCAAGAACAGCAGCUGCGGUUGGGUCAAUUCAGCCACUGAUCUAUCCUCGGAUUAAUGAAUGGCCUCAAUCUAACUUUAAUUGUCCUUUACAUAUUUCUGUUUUUAUGCCUAUCUGCUUUCUGUUACUGUCAAAAUAUUAUUAGUGGUUUCUAAGAUGGUAAAUAGAUACUUUUCCCUCUCUCUCUGCAUGCAAAACACUGAAAAUGAGAAACAAGAAAUGCUUCACGCUCUUAGAAACAGCAUAUUUAAAGUUUUCAGUGUCAAAAUCCAAUUAAAUUCAGAGUUAAAUUCAGCUACAUUUUUUAUGUGCCAAAUUUCAAAUGGUAAUUUGGCUCUUUGCCAAAUUAAAAAAUUUUUAAAUUUGUAACAACUGUUUAU